ACGCGAGGAGGAAGAGGAGUCAGUACAGCACACGCAACUGUUGCGCUCGACGGACAGACGUUACACUGAUCGGACAGCAACUUCCACGGACUCUUCUGCUAUGGCUGAUAUCAUACAAACCAGCGAGCAGUCCACAUCUGACGUUGCGAACCGAUUCGCUCGUCAAGGUGCUUUGAGACAGAAAAACGUCCACGAAGUGAAAAACCACAAAUUUAUUGCGAGGUUUUUCAAGCAGCCGACUUUCUGCAGUCAUUGCACGGACUUCAUAUGGGGCUUUGGGAAGCAAGGAUUUCAGUGCCAAGUGUGCUGUUUUGUGGUCCAUAAACGCUGCCAUGAAUUUGUCACGUUCUCAUGCCCUGGAGCUGAUAAAGGGCCAGACACAGACGACCCCAGGAGCAAGCACAAAUUUAAGAUUCACACGUAUGGCAGUCCCACAUUUUGUGACCACUGUGGAUCUCUUCUGUAUGGACUCAUUCACCAAGGGAUGAAAUGUGACACCUGUGAUAUGAAUGUCCAUAAGCAGUGUGUAAUGAAUGUGCCAAGCCUUUGUGGGACAGACCACACUGAGAGACGGGGACGUCUUUACCUGAAGAUUGAAGUGAUAGGAGAGAAAAUGCAUGUCACGGUUGGUGAAGGCAGGAACAUGAUUCCAAUGGACCCAAACGGAUUGUCUGAUCCAUAUGUGAAGCUCAAGUUGAUUCCAGACCCUAAAAAUGAGACUAAACAGAAAACAAAAACCAUCCGUUCCUCCCUGAAUCCGGUCUGGAAUGAGUCCUUUACAUUUAAGCUGAAGGCAGCAGAUAAGGACCGGCGGCUGGCUGUGGAGGUGUGGGACUGGGACAGAACCACCCGCAAUGACUUUAUGGGCUCAAUGUCUUUUGGUGUGUCUGAGCUCAUAAAGUCCCCAGUGUGUGGAUGGUAUAAAAUGUUAAAUCAGGAAGAGGGGGAAUACUACAAUGUGCCCAUUCCAGAUAAAGAUGAUGGGGAUACUGAGCUGCGACAGAAGUUUGAGAAAGCCAAACUAGGCCCACCCAAAAAAGCCAUUAGCCCUAUGGAUGACAGUGGGUCCAGUUUACCCUCCAGCAGCGUGGACCGAGUCAGGCUCACAGACUUUAAUUUCUUGGCAGUAUUGGGAAAAGGCAGUUUUGGAAAGGUGAUGCUGGCUGAGAUGAAGUCCUCAGAUGUACUGUACGCCAUAAAGAUCCUGAAGAAGGAUGUGGUCAUCCAGGAUGAUGAUGUGGAAUGCACAAUGGUGGAGAAGCGAGUUCUGGCUCAGCAGGACAAACCUCCGUUCCUUACGCAGCUCCACUCCUGCUUUCAGACUGUGGAUCGUCUGUAUUUUGUGAUGGAGUAUGUUAAUGGUGGUGAUCUUAUGUACCACAUCCAACAAGUGGGCAAAUUUAAGGAACCACAGGCAGUGUUCUAUGCUGCAGAGAUUGCUGUUGGACUUUUCUUCCUGCACAAAAAAGGAAUCAUAUACAGGGAUCUGAAAUUAGAUAAUGUCAUGCUGGAUGCAGAGGGUCACAUUAAAAUUGCAGACUUUGGCAUGUGUAAGGAGAACAUUGUGGAAGGCGUGACCACCCGUACAUUCUGUGGAACGCCAGACUACAUUGCUCCGGAGAUAAUAGCAUAUCAGCCAUAUGGCCGUUCUGUGGACUGGUGGGCUUAUGGUGUCCUGCUGUACGAGAUGCUGGCGGGACAGCCUCCAUUUGAUGGUGAAGAUGAAGAUGAACUUUUCCAGUCCAUUAUGGAGCACAAUGUGUCCUAUCCUAAAGCCAUGUCCAAAGAGGCGGUCUCCAUCUGUAAAGGGAUGAUGACAAAACACCCUUCAAAGCGUCUGGGGUGUGGCCAAGAAGGGGAGAGGGAUAUUCGAGAACACGCUUUCUUCCGUCGCAUUGACUGGGAACGCCUGGAGAACAGAGAAAUACAGCCUCCAUUCAAACCUAAAGUGUGUGGAAAGGGGGCAGAGAACUUUGAUAAGUUCUUCACACGCACACAGCCACAGCUGACCCCUCCAGACGAACUGGUCAUCGCCAACAUCGACCAGGCCGAAUUUGAUGGCUUCUCCUUCGUUAACCCUCAAUUCACCCAUCCUGUCAUCAUCAACAGUGAAUAAAGAAGGGAAAAUAGGGCACAAAUGUGAAUGUUCUUCCAGAACCCCAAACCUCUAUUCUUACCUUAACUCUUUUUCUAACAAACUUUAAACCAAAACCACUGUUAUUUGAAAUGAUGUCCUGUCAUUUUAUUUCACAAUCUUGCAAUUCUUCUUCCAUUUGUUUCAAUGCAGGCCAGUCAAAAGAGUUUACCUUAAUUAGGGAUGUUCGAUACCGCGCUCAUGUACUCAUACGCGUACUCGUAAAAAUGCUCCGAUACCAAAAACCGAUACCAUCUGAUGUACGAGUAUCAUUAAAUAAACAUUCAGUCCACAGAUUAAAAUCCCGUCAUGUCCUAGUGAGAUUAUUUAACAGCAAAAGCUGUGAUUUAAUGAGAAAUAUAUAGUUUACAUGUAAUUCAGAUGUGAGUGUUGUGAAUGUGUGGAGCCGGUGUUGUGCAGACGCCGGCUGUUAAAGCUCCUCCAAGACUCAUAAACGGAAAACACCGUCAUGAACAUCACGUGUUCUGUUUGUAGCAGAUCACAGCGAGCAGAGAGCUAAUUCACUCUUUAGUGUGAGGCACAUACAGACUACAUAUUUAAUUAAACAGCAGACUUUUGCGGUUUAAUAAUCACUCCGAGUCAUGUAGCGACCGACUUUUCCAGAGUGGGAAUCUGCCGUCAUAACGUCAGAGCUCGUUGGUCAUAACACAGAAACACUUCAAAAUAAAAUCACUACUCUAUAGUUAUGUAAUAUUCACUGUAUCACUACAAAUAAUAAUAAUAAUAAUAAUAAUAAUAAUAAUAAUACAGUUGUAAUUAUACUUAAGCAGUAUAUAACAUCUGUGAUGCUCUGUAAUGCAGCACUUUAUAUCACAAAAUAUAACUCCAGUGUUGGAUUCUGUAUAUAAGCACUUCAUUUGAUACAAAAUAAUACAAUAGUAUAUUUAAAAUUAGUUGUUAUAUUUUCAUUUGACAAGUUUUAAUGAAUUCAUUUAUUUAAACACCAUUUUGAUGAUAAAAUUGAAAUAAACUGUUGAUAUGGAAUUCAGAAAAAAAACAAAAAACAAAAAAAAGGGUAUCGGACUCGGUAUCUGCGAGUACCAAAAAUGAAGUAUCGGUACUCGGUCUCAAAAAAAAUGGUAUCGGGACAUCCCUAACCUUAAUGAUUGAAAAUAGAGAGAAGUUUUUUAAUCUGAGUAAUACUCAAAUUGUGUUUAGGAAAGGCUGUUUACAUCACAAACUGGCGAUUUAAUGUGUUUAUCCACUGACUCUGAAUGGGAAUGUUGACUGUAUGAAGUCAUCUGAACUUAAGCCACUAAUUAACUGCAAAUAUAUAUUUCUUAAUUCAUAUUUUGUCUUGUUUUGCAGUAAAAAUGUAAGCAAAAUGGCAUAAGAUAUUAAGUCUUGUUUUCAGAGAAAUUUGACAAAAUUUAGUAAAGUUCAUGCUCAAAAGAAAAAAGACUGCCAAUGGGGUAAAAAAAAAUAAACUUUUGAAUUCAGAUUAUUUUUCUUACAGCAUUGGCCUUUUUUUCUUCUUGUUUUAAGCAUAAACUGCACUAAAUUCAAUUCAAUUUCUUUGAAACAAGACAAAAUAACUAAUGCCAUUUUGCUUGUCAAGUAAAUGUAUGUUGUUUUAAGAAUGUUUUUUUUUUUUUUUACUGAAGAACAAGACAAAAACAGUAAUUAAAUGAUUUUUUGCAUUAUUGCUGACAGCAUGAUCUCUCGACAUCUGCCAUAAAGUCUCACAACAGAUGCAGAGUUGUGUGCUUCCAGUGAACUUUGUGUAAUCAAAGGCAUUCUUCCCAUUUGGGAUGUCUGAAGGUAAUUGCCAAAGACAGUAGGGUGAAGUCCUUCCUAAGUCCUAUACCAAUUUAUGUGUCAAUGUUUUAUAAUGAAAUACUCUUAUGUAAAGGAUGUUUAUUUACAGAGGUUCUCCUGGUGUCAGUUUCAGUGCUCACUUGUUUGAGUCUCCAGUGUUAAUAUUUCCUUGGAAGUGUCUUUAAAAUGUUUUAAAUAAAAUACUGUACAUCUAUUAGUCUAAUGUUUGCACAGAUUUCAGGUAUGACAUGACAACUUGGCACACCAGUUUUAACAACAUGUUUGCAAUUCCCAUAGUUUGUGCUAUGAAAAAAAGUGUGCCAAGAAUUCCCACAAUCCACAAAUUACAGACAGAUACAAUUUAAUAUUUUAGACAUGUUUCUUCUUUUUUAACAAUGGUUCCAUAAAUAAAUCGUUUGCCCUGAGUUAGAUAUGUUAUUUAUUAGUGCAUAUUAAAUAUUUCAAAGUAAAACCAGUAUAAAAUCAAACUAGUUUCUAAAGCUCUGAAGGAUUGAAAAAGAGACCGUGUCAAUGCACUGAGCAAAUUUUACACACAAGAAAUGACAAAGAAAGCUAUUUCUCUUCUAAUCUUUUAAUGCACCAUGUGUUUAUGUUAAACCAUAACCAUCCUGACACAUUGGAAAACUGCUUUUGUGUCUUUGUAUUGUUUAAAUAAUGAAAGAUAUGAAAUGAAGUGUUUAAACUUGUCAAGCUCUGAUUAUGUUGUUCUCGAACUCUCAUCAGUGUAUAAGAGUCAUUUCUUUAAUCAUGUUAUCUGAUGUACCUACAGAAUGAACUUCACAUCAUGUUUACUUUUAACAUAACUGAUCGUAUAAAGUCAUUAUGCCAUUUUUCUCCCAUUGAUUACUGUAAUGGACUGCUUUAAAAUCUUUGGUAACACUUAAUAUACAGGCUAUAAAAAAAGACAGUAUAUAGAACAUUGACAUUUAAAGAUGUGCAUUUUAUUACAUUAUAAACUUUAUAUGUACAUGUUUGAUUACUAAAUUGGGGGAAAGUUCAGAAAGUGUUUGUGUCAGUCAAUGUAAAACUUAAAGGUGCAGCCAGUAACUUUAAAUUGUGUCAUCGUGGACUUACACUGACAGCGGCUUGGAUGCAGCAUCAUUCAAAAUCCAUCGUUUUCAGUCUCAGAUGCCAUUGUAGAAAUUCACUAUUCACAGUCAGCCAUGAUUACUUUAAUCAAUGAGUGAAAGUCUGCAAUAACAGGACAAUUACUGAGAUUAAGCGAGUAGUAUUCAGCUGGUCAUGUGAUUCUAACACGUGUGGACCCUCUCCGUGUAGAAUAAGCUUUUAUAAGGUUACUGAUGUGACUGGAGUCUUCCUCUUAAUGCGAGCGCUCAUGAACUCCUACAUAUAUUGCAAAAUGACAAUUCAUGUCUUUAGGAGUUAAACUUUAUUAAUGAGGGAAAAAUUACUGAGUGCACCUUUAAAACUUGAGUACAAAUUUCUGCCAAUACAGUACUUUUUUAAACCUUCAUAGUCCAUGUUAAUGAUUAAUGUUCCUUUUAAAUCUGUAAUCAUCGUUACACAGUCAGCUAGUAUAAUGCUAUUGGUCAGGUUGACAUUUGUGUAAUUCUUAUCAGUGCUGUAAACAUUGUGACAUGGACAUUAUCUAGUACUUCAUAAUUUACAAAUGUUCUUUCAUCAUUAGAUCGUCCAGCUUUACUUUCACAACACCUGUACUUCAGGCUGUUACGUGUGACCUGAUUGGAUGCCAUGAUUGUAAAUUGUGAGCUGAUUGGCCUCUGGAGCCCUACUGUGGUCUUAUAUCUGGAUUUUGCUUGCAUGUCUUGGUAGAAAAACGGUCCUCAUGAAAAGAAUUACGUAAUGGAUGCUUUGUUAUUCAUGGAACAUAAGAUUGAGAUUGUUACUGCAUGUAGGAUGAACAUGGCAAAAAUAUAAGAUAUUUUUCUCUCCUCACAUAUUUAGUAGUGUAACCCUGAUUUAAUUUUAAUGUCUUUAAGUUGUAGCUUGUGAUUGAUGUUGAAUGUCCUUUUUUUCUGACCUUUGAAAUCCUUGUCUGAGUUCCAGGAUUAGAUGCUAAUUAAAGUUCAAAAAGUGCA